GAACAACCUCCUUCAAUCCUUAUCCCACUUCACCUUUUGUUUAGGAUAUCACUUAUCCUAAAAAGGUUCAUUCUUCCCCUUCACUCUUUCGAGUAACCAUCAACCUUUGGUUCUCGUGUGUUGGGACUUUAUAAUCGAGUCGACGAUAUUUGCCAUCGCCCAACUUCAAUAAAUUAUCGGCAACUCAAUCGACAUGGCGACAGCUACUGCUGCGGGCAAGAAUGCCUCGCCAUUCCCUGAUGGCACCAAGGACUACGUCCCUCUCCGAGCCGGCGCUGCCAAGAAGGACACCAACAAGCCUCACAUCUCCGAUACUCCCAUGACCUGGAGCAACUGGCCCCAGCACAUCAACUGGCUCAACACAACACUUGUUGUUUUUGUUCCCUUGAUGGGCUUCAUCUCCGCCUACUGGGUUCCUCUUCAGCUCAAGACCGCUCUCUGGGCCGUCUUUUACUAUGUCCACACUGGUCUCGGUAUCACUGCUGGUUACCACCGAAUGUGGUCUCACUCCGCCUACAAGGGCACUACUCCUCUUAAGAUUUACCUCGCUGCCGUCGGCGCUGGCGCCGUCCAGGGCUCCAUCCGAUGGUGGUCGUAUGGCCACCGAGUUCACCACCGAUACACCGAUACCGACAAGGACCCCUACUCCGUUCGCAAGGGUCUUAUGUACUCUCACAUGGGAUGGAUGGUUCUCAAGCAGAACCCCAAGCGACAGGGCCGAACUGACAUCACCGAUCUCAACGAGGAUGCCGUCGUCGUCUGGCAGCACAAGAAUUACAUCAAGUGCGUUCUCUUCAUGGCUCUUGCUUUCCCUGCUAUCGUUGCUGGCCUUGGCUGGGGCGACUGGUGGGGUGGUCUCGUCUAUGCUGGUAUCCUUCGUGUUUGCUUCGUCCAGCAGGCUACCUUCUGUGUCAACUCUCUUGCCCAUUGGCUCGGCGACCAGCCUUUCGAUGACCGCAACUCCCCUCGUGACCACGUCAUCACUGCUCUUGUCACCCUUGGCGAGGGUUACCACAACUUCCACCACGAGUUUCCCUCCGAUUACCGCAACGCUAUUGAGUGGUGGCAGUACGACCCUACCAAGUGGAGCAUCUGGCUCUGGAAGCAGCUUGGUCUUGCCUAUGAGCUGAAGGAGUUCCGCGCCAACGAGAUUGAGAAGGGUCGUGUCCAGCAGCUCCAGAAGAAGCUCGACCAGAAGCGUGCCACUCUCGACUGGGGUAUUCCUCUUGAGCAGCUUCCCGUUGUUGACUGGGACGACUUUGUUGCUCAGUCAAAGGCUGGAAAGGGUCUCGUUGCUAUUGCCGGCGUUAUCCACGAUGUUACCGAUUUUAUUAAGGACCACCCUGGUGGCAAGGCUCUCAUCAACUCCGCCAUUGGAAAGGAUGCCACUGCUAUCUUCAACGGUGGUGUUUACCUCCACUCCAACGCUGCCCACAACCUUCUGUCCACCAUGCGUGUUGGUGUCCUUCGCGGUGGUUGCGAGGUUGAGAUCUGGAAGCGUGCUCAGUUCGAGAACAAGGACAUCACCUAUAUGAACGACUCUGCUGGCCAGCGCAUCAUCCGUGCUGGUUCUCAGGCCACCAAGAUUGUCCAGCCUGCUGCCAGCGCUGACGCUGCUUAAGUAGUACGACAAUUACCAUAACGACAAGAGGAUGAAGAAGAUAAUUAGGGGGAUGUGCGAUAUCAGGGAUAUGAGAUGCGUCAUGUCUAAAGACAUGUCGUUGAAAGGGUGUGGGGGAUACAGUCAGCCACUGUCACAUGUCAGAGACAUGGACUGGUCGACGCCACACCCAUCCUGACGAGAAGGAUACGAAAAGCACAAGACGUUUUUAAACGUGAAAUCAUAAAUUCGACUCAUGAAUGGCGUUAGGGGGUUUCAUUGUUUCUUUUUCUUUUUUAAGACUGCUAAACUGGCAUGGAAUACCAAGAUAAGAUGGUCAAAACAAACAAUCGAGAGCAUAUGGACCAGGAACCGGUUCAGAAGAUAGUAUGACUACUCAAAAAUACAAAAUUUUGAAUAUUACCAUUCAAGUUUCCCGCGAUGAAUUGUGCAUG